CUCGCUCAGGUCUAUGGAGGAAAAACUCUACGCGGGCCCUACGACUCCGAUGGCCGUGGCCGCCUGCGGCAUCAAGGCCAUGUCCCUGUUCAAGCGGACCUUGGUGCUGAGCCCCGCCGCAGCACCCCGGGGCACGGGCACUGCCGCAGGCUCCGCGCCGCGCGGCUGCCCCUUGUCUCCCGCCGCCUGGCCCUCCAAGGACUGGCCGCGCGGGGAGGGCGUCUGCGGCAGGCUGCGGACCCCGCCGGCAGUCGGCCGCCUGCCCCUGUCCCACUCCUGCCGCUCUGCAUCUCCCACCUCCGCCUGUCUUCUCUGCCCCCAGGACUCGCUGAGCAGCAGCUUGAAAACUUGUUACAAGUAUCUCAAUCAGACCAGUCGCAGUUUUGCAGCUGUCAUCGAGGCGCUGGAUGGGGAAAUGCGUCAUGCGGUAUGCAUAUUUUAUCUGGUCCUCCGAGCCCUGGACACUCUGGAAGAUGACAUGACCAUCAGUGUAGAAAAAAAAGUCCCACUGCUACACAACUUUCACUCUUACCUUUACGAACCCGACUGGCGGUAUAUGGACAGCAAGGAGAAAGAUCGACAAGUGCUAGAGGACUUCCCAACGAUCUCCCUUGAGUUUAGAAAUUUGGCUGAGAAAUAUCAAACAGUGAUUGUUGACAUUUGCCGGAAAAUGGGAGUUGGGAUGGCGGAGUUUUUGGAUAAACACGUAACAUCUGAACAGGAGUGGGACAAGUACUGUCACUAUGUCGCCGGGCUGGUGGGAAUUGGCCUUUCCCGUCUAUUCUCAGCCUCAGAGUUAGAAGACCCCUUAGUUGGUGAAGACGUAGAGUGUGCCAAUUCUAUGGGCCUGUUUCUGCAGAAAACAAACAUCAUUCGUGAUUAUCUGGAAGACCAGCGAGAAGGAAGAGAGUUUUGGCCUCAAGAGGUUUGGAGCAAAUAUGUUAAGAAGUUGGGCGAUUUUGCUAAACCACAGAAUAUUGACUUGGCUGUGAAGUGCCUGAACGAACUUAUAACCAACGCACUACACCACAUCCCAGAUGUCAUCACUUACCUUUCAAGACUUAGAAACCAAAGUGUGUUUAACUUCUGCGCUAUUCCACAGGUGAUGGCCAUUGCCACUCUGGCUGCCUGUUAUAAUAAUCAGCAGGUGUUCAAAGGCGUAGUGAAGAUCCGAAAAGGGCAAGCAGUAACUCUAAUGAUGGACGCCACCAAUAUGCCGGCGGUCAAAGCUAUAAUCUACCAGUACAUGGAAGAGAUUUAUCAUAGAAUCCCCAGCUCAGACCCAUCUUCUGGUAAAACAAGGCAGAUCAUCUCCACCAUCAGGACACAGAAUCUUCCCAAUUGUCAGCUGAUCUCCCGAAGUCACUACUCCCCUAUUUACCUGUCAUUUGUCAUGCUCUUGGCUGCCCUGAGCUGGCAGUACCUGAGCACCCUGUCCCAGGUCCCAGAAGACUAUGUUCAGACCGGAGAGCACUGACUGGGAUAUUGGUCUGGAAGCUCAAGUUCACCCUGAAAUGGGCUGGCCUUUUCUUCAAGAAAAAGGAUAUUGGUACCCCCCUCCCCCCUUUUUUCCCUCCCGCUUUAAUCCCUGAAAGAACUCUGUGGACUUGAGACUUUUAGAAACUGUGACAUGUGGUCAAGAAGCUAAGAAUACAAGGGAAGGCUACCUCACCCUCGGCAGGCAGGCCCUCGCGGGUGGUGCUCACGACUGCGCGCCAUGGCCAACAGCAGAGGGCCGCUCACUGCAGGUCAGGGGACAUGGUGGCAUGUGGGGCUGCCGAGAGGUCUUACUUAGUGUGAAUCUUGACUAGAAUUCUAAUUAAAUGUAUUUAAUUUGAAGCAACCUUGGAAUACAUGUCCUUGUACAAAGUGAAGUGAAUUUUCUCCGUUGGGUUCCCGUUUUUCUCAUCGUUUUAUUCAGUUGAUUUGAAUGCAGUAGACGUCCGUGUUUGUAGGUCUAGGCAACAGCCCUAGGUUUCCUAAGAGUGCAGACUGUCUUCUGCCCAUGAAGGCUAAGGACUGACUUCUGGGGGUUCUGGAAUUGCUUCCUGGUUUAAAAGGAGGUUAGCUUUCAGAAAGAAACUGCAGGAUUGCUUUGGGUCCCAUCGUGGAAGACUGGCCUCCAGUUAAGGCUGACUUUUUAAGAAGACAUCAUAUAUAAAGAUGUGUUUAUAAUGAACUGAGUUACUUUGCAUCUGUGGAGGGCAGCUCAUUUGAAAGCCUGGAUGAGCACGGCAAAUAGGAACGCAAGAAUGGAGUCAGUGAUGGAGGGACUGAUGGCCGUCUGCGGCCCCCGCAGAGCCAGCCAGAGCAGGACCAAGAAGAAGGACCCAGCUGCCUGGGCCCUGCACGGCUGUGCCUGCUGGAAACGAGCCUGCGAGCCUGCGGUAGCCUCGCCUCCCUGGCCAGCUUGGGACCUACACUCCCUCUACCAGCCUGCUGUCCCCCUUGGCCGACUCUUAGCCGCAUGCAGAAAUGUUACCAUGUCCAGGAUUUUUGUGGGUUUUUUUUGUCUUUUGUUUCUUUUUUUUUUUUAAAUCACCAGUUUAUACAUGGAAGCCUCAAGAAAGGCAACGUGUGUUUUCAGGUGAUGGGCUGGAAAGCCGAAGAGCAUUUAGCCUCCUCCUUCUAGCAUCACUGUCUGCCUUGAGCCCCGCACAGGCCGGGGGUGUGAGGCACACUCACCCAGGACCUUACUGCAAAUCUAGGCCUGGGCCGGGGAGGACACGGCCCCUCUUGGAGGGUGUUUGAAAAAGCCCCUCAAGCUGAGGAAUCACGGUUGUGGGGCAUGAAAGUACUUUCUAGAAGCCAUUCAUACCCUCGGUGUAUAUAGCCUGCUCUUCCGCUGCAGUUCUUUGUGUGCGGUGAUGUAAUCAUUGAAGCUGAGGGUUUUCCAAAACCAGCAGGAGUGCUGGUCUCGCAUUGUUACACACGUACUCACACUGCUGUCCCUUCAUGUCCCCGGCUGCCACCGAACACAGUGGCCUAGUUUCGGUCCCUGGAAGCUGUGGUGAAUUGGUUCAUCUGAGGGUCGGUCCUGGACAAACUUGUCACCACGCUGAAGCCAGGCGUUUGCCGCAUGGGGUACAGCUCUGAGCCAGGUUCCCCAGGAAUUUUCCUAGUAAUUUAAGCAUCAGAACUUGGUUUAAGAUUCCAAGGUGGGUUGUUAGAAAUUUGUGUGUUGAAAUGCUGGAUGAGUUCUGCUACAACCCAUGUAGGACAGAGAACAACCUGGUGGAAAUCUUGGUCUGGGGUGGGUGUACUGGAAGGUUUCUUUCCUGGCUCAGUCAUGACCUGCGGGACUUUCUGAGCUUCUGUAUGGUUUAGAAGAUCUCCUAGGCCCCUCCCGGCCAUAAAGUUAUGUGACUUUUACUAUCACGGACUCGUGCAAAGUCUUAGCUCUUGUGCCCACUCCUGAGUGCUUUGGAAGAUCAUUUUCCUUCUAAAUAUAUUUCUCUAUUAAAAUUGCCAGAUAAAAUAUAGGAUGCCCAGUUAAACUAGAAUUUGACACACUAGUUUUGUUUUGUUUUAGUAUAAUCAUGUCCCAAAUAUUGCACAGGACUUAUUUCUACUAAAAAAUUACUUGCUCUGAAA